AUGAAAAAAUUCCCAAAAAGUCUCCCAGUUACGGCAAUGUUGAAGCUAGGAAAACCAAUAAGUGAGACAGAAUCCCUAGAUGAAACUAUUGAAAUUUCAACUUUUAACAUUGACGAGAUGGUUUGGUCAGCACCAGUUUCAGUGCAUUUUGCUAUCGAAAAAGAAGAGUUUGGUAGAGGUGGAUUUGGUUUGGCUCGUAAAGAUACUUCAAAUUCUCCGCAUUUCAAAUGGAAAACUUAUGUUGUUAAGUACUUUUUGCCUGGUACUAAAGAUAUAAUUACUCAGCUUGGUGAGACUGAAAUGGAUGAUGCUCGCAAAUCUGUCCAGAUGCACUCAUUGGCCAAACAUUUUGCUGAACAAAUUUCUGCAAAAGUGCAAAAGGAUGGAAAUGAAGACGUAUUUGGCAAGGCUUUCAGGUAGGUUAAUAAAACAUGCUCAAUAAGUUUAAAAAAAUGGCAGCAUAACCUUGAGGAAAAAUGCAUCUUCAGACUUUUUCACCAUAUACACUGGAGGGACCUAUUAUUAUUGGUUCUAGAUGAGUUUUGGUUUUGGACCAAUUUAACAGUUCUUCUGUGUUGGUUAUUACUACAGUAUGUCUGUUAUUCAGUAACCCCCCCCCCCCUCUCCAAAAAAACAACUUCACCUAUCAUCAGCCCCCACCCCAAAAACUUCAUGUAAGUCAAUAUGGGAUUACCGUCAUACUCUCAUUCUGCAUUUUGUCCAAAUAUGUUGCAGAUUUAAUUAAAACAUAAUUUGAAGAUUAGCAUCUUGAAACCAAAAAUAGAAGAGAAAACAAGACAAGAAUGAGUUUGUAAUAUCUUGUACAUAUCUUGGGUUUUGAGGUGCCAAUCUUCAGAUUGUGUUUUGUUGUGUAUAUUUUAAUUAAAAUUGCGGGCAGGUAUUGCUUUUAUGUACAAGUUGGUCCUCACUCUACAUACUCACCAUGUACUUAAAUGUUCCUGCAAUAAGUAAAUGCCAAAAUACCAGCAAUAUACAGUACAUGGCCAUCAUAUGAUUGUCAUAUGUUACAAAUAACUACAAACUUUCUAACGUUUAGUUAUGUUGAUGUGUUAAAGAAUUAAAGAAACAAAUGAGAUUGUCACAAUCGAAGAGUAUGCUGCUGGAGAUUUUGUUAA